AUGGUCGAGCUCCUGAUAAAGCUUGGCGCGUGCAGUCAUUCAGUCGACCUUGAAAUGCUUCGGAUUGUUUUUGUGGCAAAGCCUUACCCAGCCCGAGUCGUUCGUGAGCCCUCACUCGACGCCGUGACGAGAUGGGUACUGUCCAUCUAUCGAUACCAAGAAGAUGACGAGAUCGCGUCUCGCGUCUUUCUGAACGAACUUGGGUCGAAAACUCCUUCCUCCGCGACAGAGCUUGUCCUGGAAUUUUUCGAAUCGAAAUUCAAAAGUGCCACCUCACUCGCUCAACUUCUCAUCACUUCUGUCAAAACGACCAGUAAAUCUGUCUUUGACUGGGCUCUCAAGCACCAAGGCUGUCUCAACUACAUGAACUACGUUGGAGAGUCGGUCCUAGGGGUUGCAGCUUCUAGGAACAACUAUUCAUUGUGUGAACGCCUGUUGGAGCUCGGAGCAAUACCAAACCCUGUUGUCGAAGUCGGCUCCCUCGUUUUCACCACGCCACUUCAAUGCGCCGCAGCCAGUGGCGAUACAAGACUCAUCAAACUCUUGUUGGAUCACGGUGCUGAAAUCAAUUUCUGUCAAACCCUUGCAGGAGAUUAUGCCGAAGGCCCUCGCCGCUACCGAAAACGCGAGGUGAUUACCUGGGACUUCACCCAUGAAAUCAUAUUAGUAGGCCAAUUGGGUAGAACCCCAUUACAAGCAGCUCUAUCUUGCAGCAGCGAAGAGAACGCCCUGUUCCUACUCUCCUGCGGGGCAAAACUAUUCGGGGAAGAGCUAGCGAUGUCGAUCAGAACUCGCCUGGCCUCCUCAACAGAGCAGAUACUGGCACUUGGGGCACCGCUCACCGCACCAAGUCUUCUUAACGAGCUAUCACCUCUCGAAGCCGCCAUAUUGGUCCAAGAUUCUCGGAUGGCUCUACAGAUCAUAGGUUUAAUGGACGCGGCCGAGUUCUCGACAAGGACAGUCUUUGCAGCUGUGUAUAUGGCCGAGUAUUCAUUUGACUGGGUCCUGUUCCACAAGCUUUUAGAGUUGAGCAAACAUGCUCAAGUUCCGACCAGCGAACACCAUUGGCUCGGAUUAGCGAUGUGUCUCGCAAUGAGAUUUGGCGUCGAUGAUGUGGCCAAUGAAAUUCUUAUGACAGGACUGUGUCCUCCACAAAUGACGUACCGAGGUUUGGACCCCGAGAUGUUCGUACCUUUUCACAGGCCCCCCAAGGUGUCUUUACAGCGGUACGAAGAGCUAUAUCUCGAAGCGAUUGACGAGGAAACGCGACAGGUUCAGAAGCAUCAGCCAGCAACCUUUCAUGCGCUCUUAUCUUCACCGAAUUGCGUCGCCAGAUUGGUGCAAAAUGGCCACCAAUUCAACGUCGAUUGUUCAUGUGUUGCUGACAAUCCACAUGCCCUGGUUAUCAUCCCCCUUCUACAAAGAACCAAAGCCACACUGGACAGGGUGCUUCUAACGAGAGCUAUUCUUAGAAAGUCUACCGCGGUUAUGGAGUGGUACUUGUCGUCUGGCAUCGGUGUCAACACCGUGCACUGGCGUGAGAGUGAAAGAAUCUGUGGAACACCGCUGAAAGCUGCUGCCGCUGUAGGCGACAUCGCCCUCGUGGAGACUCUUGUACGAAUGGGCGCCGAUGUCAAUGAGUACCAUGAGGACUUCUUAUGUCAUCCGCCGUUGACAGAGGCAGCUAUGAGGGGUUUCUUCGGCGUUGUGAAAAGAUUGCUAGAAUUGCAUGCAGAUCCAGACAUCCCAGGCGGAGCGUGUUUCGCGCGAACUGCGCUAGAGGCGGCGUCAGAGAAUGGCCGAUUAGACAUCGUGCAGCUCCUCUUUGACUCUGGCGUCUCAACUGAAGGAACCGGCCGUCUCCAGUACAUCAGAGCUGUUGUGUUAGCGCGGAAACGAGGGCGCCUCGCCGUUGAAAGGUUGUUACGGAGCUUUCGACGUUGGGAUAAACCUGAUCAUGAGCUGUUUGACGAGACGUACAACUUGCCGGAUUAUUACUUUGAAGGACUCGUGGGGGAUGAAGGCGACUCUUCUGACAACGAAGAUCUCCAAGACAAUCUUGAGCCCCUACAGCAAUUGCCCGGGUAUGACGUGGAAGCCGAAAUGAUAAUAAAGGCAGCAAGUGAAACUAUCAGAGAGGAGGCGAAAUCUGAUGACCUGGCGUUGCCGUCAGAAGUGGCAUUGCUGAUCAAAGACAUCGAGAACAACGAAAACAGCGAAGACAGUAAGGCUAGCGAUCCGGACACUUCCUCUCGCGGCGAAAUACAGUACUUGCAAGACAUUACAGGUACUAGGUGCUCAGAGGUUAAUGGAGCGUUGUGCAGGGCUGAUAUUUGCAGUUUACACGAUGAUCAAUGUUGGGAGGGUAUUAGCGACGACUGGCUGGAGAAGUAUGUUUGUUUCCCAUCGGAGACACCUUCACUUGAUUAG